GCAUCGACACGCUCUCAACAAUCAUGUCCUCUCAACAAGCUGCCUACCCUAUCUCCGCCUCUCAGCCUGGAUCCAGCUCCGACAACAAUUCGAACCCGCCCCAGUCACGGCAAGCAGCAGAAGAAGCAAGGAAGGAUCGGACUUUGGCUGAGUUCAUGCUCAUGCUGGAUGAAUACGAUCCUCUCAUUCCAAACGAAGUAACCGACUACUACCUUCAACGGGUCGGUUUCGAAUGCGAAGAUGUCCGCUUAAAGCGAUUGCUUUCCUUGGCCGCUCAGAAAUUCGUCUCAGAUAUCGCUGCGGACGCGUAUCAGCAUGCUCGUAUUCGUACCAACGCAACGGGAGGACGUGCGAGGGCAAAUCAGCCUUUUGGCGGAGCUGGUUCCGCGAAAGAUAAAACCCGAACCACCCUCACGAUGGAAGACCUGAGUGCGGCUCUCGGAGAAUACGGUAUCAAUGCUAGAAAGCCAGAGUUUUACCUAUAGUCAGUAAUUGGCGGCCGUAGCGCACCUAGAUUUCCCGUAUUCUCGUUUCUUGUACUCUGUCCCGUAUUUUGUACCGAUCGAUGACUUCCAACGAGAAGCCUGCGGUAUUGAGAGUGCGCACUGCGCGGCUUCAACCUGUUGAAUGUCUUACUCAAUUUUGAUGACACUCAAUCAUUAACGCGAACGGCGAUCAACAUCAUAAGCGACAAUCAUGGCUCUUAAACUCAAACCACCAUCUGAACCUUCUCCGACGCCAUUUGCUUGGGAUGAAAUCCCUUCGCCAUCUUCGUCGACGGGUUCUUCUUCCCUCCCGUCGCCCCCCACCGCGUGGCUAUCCGCGCGGGACAUGAAACUAUUUGGCGCUCAGCCUAUGACCGCAACGUCUGACAUCGGCCUUGUGAAAUGUAACGACUGCGACAAGCCCAUACUUCGCAGCUUCAUGGCAGAGCAUGCAGUGGCCUGUGCUCAGCUACGCGUCGGGGGCAAGAACACGGGGAAACACAAGUCUGGGGCAGACUUGGAUGACUUGAAGAAAGGGUCGAAGAAACGCAAAGCCUCGGCAGAACCCUCGGAUCCGUCCUUGCCUCCCAAGAAGAAAUCCAAGCCAGCUACGAAGAUAAUGAAAGGUCGCAUGAAGGGGCCUAUUGAUUAUGACCAGCAUUGUGGUGUGAUCAACGACAAGGGACUGCCGUGCUCUCGUUCAUUGACUUGCAAAUCACAUUCCAUGGGUGCGAAACGUGCAGUUGAAGGCCGCUCUCGUAAAUACGACGACCUACUACUUGACUGGAAUCGCGCUCACAACCCCAAUUUCGUGGAACCAGUCAAGCGGGAGACCAAAGCGGAGAAGAAAGAGAAGCGGGAUAAAGAGAAAGCUGAGAAAAAGAAGCUGGCGGAGGAGCAAGCGGUGGCUUUGGGCGUUGCGCUCGGCGUCGAUCCCUCGACAAACAAGAAGGGUUCGGGUACGGGAACGAAGAAGAGCGGAAAGAAAGCUUCUGCGGCGAUCCGCAUGGCUGCAGGAGAUGACGCGCCAGAGAAUUUGGACGACAUAGAUUCGGAGGCAGAGCUUGAUGAACUGGUGCAUUCAGUCAGAGAAGCUACUGCGAAGGGCAUCAUCGGUGCUCCUUUGGCCAUCCCUUGUGAUGCGAGUGCAUGGUUUGUACAACGGAGAGAGCGUCUGCGCUGCUGCCGUGAUCUUCUCGUGGGUGCUCUGAGUAAUUCGAACAGCAAUCUGUCGAUGGGAAUGGGAAUGGGCAGUAUCGCCGGUCGAUCGAGUCUUGGAAUGGCCCGCAGUUGAUCGUGUUGGACUUUCGGAACAUUUGUACCACUACUCGACGCAAUUUGCUGAUGAUUGUUCUGAUAAAGUUAUUCUUGUCUACCGAGAGUUGGGAUUGAACAGUAUCCAGCCGGACAAGGCCGGACCUGGACUUCGUUUGUAGAGUCUAGACUGAUCGCGCGAACACUGAACUUUUAAUCGAGAGAAACAAGCAGGACGACGAAUUCAUCUCUCGAGUGCUCACUCAUGUGCUCGAUGCAUGACGAGCUCGAUCGCAGAGAUGCUUCACGGGUUACUAAGUAGGUUCGUUGGAAGCUCGGAGUCCGGCUUGUUUGCGGCUAUGUUGCCCCCCGUGUAGCCGAUCUAAUAAAAAUCUUGGUUCCCUCACCUUCACCGUUGGCUUUGUUGGCGUUUCCGUUCCUCCGCCCUUGGACCCAAACUCCCUAGAGAGUUCAAACACCCCAAGUCCUUAUUGGAGCCCUGAUACAAAGUAUGGCAGAGGAAAUCGAUGACUACGAGGCACUCCCACCUAAUGCCGGUCUCAUGGUAAACAUGCUUGCAGGCUCAUUGGCCGGCAUCUCUGAGCAUGCAAUCAUGUAUCCUGUGGACAGCAUCAAGACGCGAAUGCAAGUGUUCACCACGUCUCCUGUGGCCAUGUAUACGGGUGUGGGGAACGCGUUUUCUCGGAUCUCUUCCACGGAAGGGAUACGGGCUCUUUGGCGGGGCGUGUCCUCGGUCGCGUUGGGCGCCGGUCCGGCACAUGCGCUACAUUUCGGAACGUUUGAGGCCGUGAAAGAACUGACGGGCGGCAACUCGAGUUCGCAGAGCAGUCAACAAUUGAUAUCAUCAGGUCUCGCUGGCGCGUCGGCCACCAUCGUCAGUGACGCUUUGAUGAAUCCAUUCGAUGUCAUCAAGCAACGCAUGCAGAUGCACCAGUCCGAGUACCGGAGCGUUCUUCAAUGUGCGCAAAGCCUUCUGCGGAACGAGGGAUUCUCAGCCCUCUACGUGUCCUAUCCGACAACCCUCGCGAUAUCAAUACCCUUCAACGCCAUCCAAUUCAGUCUAUACGACCAGCUGAAACGUGUGCUGAACCCCCGGAACGAGUACUCGCCCUCGUCUCACAUCGUCGCUGGUGGUGCAGCCGGUGCCAUUGCCGGUGCUUUGACCACGCCGCUUGACGUCGCCAAAACGCUUCUGCAGACCCGAGGGACUUCACAAGAUGCCGAGAUCCGGAACGCCCGGGGAAUGAUGGAUGCUUUGCGAAUCAUAUGGGCCAGAGACGGGAUCAAGGGAUUCGGACGAGGAUUGACGCCCCGGGUCGUGACGAUCAUGCCUAGCACGGCACUGUGCUGGAUGUGCUACGAGUUCUUCAAGUCUGCAAUCAGAGCAGAUUCGCCUUAGGCCGGCGUGCUGGCUUGCAUCUCGAUUCUCUGCUCUAGUCGAUCGAUGGGAUGCCUCCACGUAUGCUCUAUUUACUUGGACCAAUACAGUAUAAAAGGCCUCGAGCUUAAUUCAUUGUUGUCAUAUGUCUUCCAGAUGUCUACUUGGGGACAGCCCAGGGCUUGAACGCAUUAUCUACAGAGUGAGCCGACGCGUU